CUGGAUGCGAUCGGUCCCGAUCUCGCGCGUGACGGAAAACAAUCUAAUCCUCUCCUUCACCAAGCACCGCGAUCACUACAUCGUCGACGGCACCGGCCAGAACCGCAUGGGCCCCUUCUCCAUCGCGGGACUCUACUUCCCUUCCACGCACAUCAUGAACUGCGAGAAAUUGUCCCGAUUUCUGGAGUCUUGAAUGUAGCUACAACUCCCACGCCCUCCAAUCUCGCCCCAAGCCCGCCAAGCCGAAGCCCAAGCCGCGCGUGGAGCCCUUCUACCAGCAGACGCGCUCGUCGCCCGCCACGCGGUCCACGCCGAUGAGCUACCUGCGUGAAACGAGCAUCCAGCCGCGAGGCUUAUCGCGGGAAAUGGCGCUGUGCGCGAAGAGCCUGAAGAAGCUGAUGAUGCACAAAUGGGCGGGUCCGUUCCUGCACCCGGUGGACCCGGUAGCGCUGGGCCUCUCCGACUAUUUCGACGUGGUGAAGCACCCGAUGGACUUCUCGACGAUCCUGUCGCAGAUCGAGAACCACGAGCUGCGCAGCAAGGACGAGUUCGCGUCCAAGGUGAACCUGGUCUUCGACAACGCGCUGCUCUACAACAGCAAGGGCUCCGAUGUCCACAUCAUGGCCAGCGAGCUGCAGUCGCUCUUCGCCAAGGAGAUGGAGACCAUCACCGGGCAGAUCUUCGCCGCGGGCCCCGACGCGCAGGCGCCGACGUACUACGUUCCCUCGCGCCGCGAGCGCGCGCCGCUGCCGGACAUCCCGCCGAAGCUGCCGCGCGUGUCGGAGAGCCGACCGGCGAAGUCGAGCGCGGAGAAGGCGCGGCUGGCGCAGAAGGAGGAGAUGGAGAUGAUGAAGUCGCGGAUCCAGCAGCUGGAGGGCGAGCUGAGCCGGAUGACGCAGGAGGUGAACGAGCGGCAGGGGAAGGGAGAGAAGGCGCUGGACGCGCGGCCGAUGACGAUGGAGGAGAAGAAGGCGCUGAGCAUGGAGAUCAACCAGCUGAAGGGGAGCGAUCUGGAGGAGGUGGUGCGGAUCGUGUGGGGACAGAUGGCGGGCGAGCAGAUGCAGCAGAACGAUAUCGAGCUGGAUCUGAGCGCGAUGCCCAACGAGACGCUGCGGAAGCUGGAGAGGUAUAUCGUGCAGUGCAAGGAGGCCAAGAAGGCGCCGAAGAGGCAGAGGAAGGCGCAUCUGCACACGCCUAGGGAGAAAACGUUCGAUUUUGAUGAUAACCAGUUCGUGGACGACUUCGAGGAUUCAUUGGACUCCGUGCAGGAGGAGUAUUAGGGAUUGUAUCAUAUCGUAUUUUAUUAGUUCUUUCC